GCUGUACUUCCGUAUACGUUUUGCGUCACUACACGAGCUUCAUUUAAUGAUUCUCCCCAAAUUCCUACAGAAAGCACUUAAGCCUCGACACAGAAUGUCCCAUUACUUUCAUACUGUAGUAAAACCCCAUUGAGGGAAUCGUCCUAUCUGUAUAAACUCGUUUUAGUGUACUAUUAAGCUUCUUACGAUAGCUUAGCUACGAACAAAGAGACGCGUUUAUUAGCAUCGUAUCGCUACGCGGAGAUCAAGAGUGAGUGUAAAGUGUUGGUCAUCAUCGUGUGAAAUGUGUGCAAAAAGUAUGAUCAAUGGCUACGAGGGUGAACUCUGUCGAACAAAAGAGGAGAACGAGCAACAACGUCAACUACAGGACGUUGUUUUCAAGAAGCCUCAUGUGAGACACGGAGCAGUCAUUCAUGAAGAUCAUGCUGAGCAGCAGAUGCAAGAGACCUCCUAUUUUAAUGAGGAAGAUGUGCUGGAGCCCUACUGCUUUAAAGAAGAAGAGGAGGACCCAGAGACCCCUGACAUUAAAGCGAAAGAGGGCCCGGUGCCCCCAUGCAGUUAUGAAGAUGAGAAUGAGAGGUCCACUGAUGUUAAAGAAGAAGAGGAGGAGUCGGCUAUCACCAAAUUGCCCUUUAACUGUGUCAUUGUGAAGAUCGAAGGGGAUGAUGAUAGGGGUGAAGGUGAUGGAGACCAUGGUGGAGGAUCACAAGCAGACAACUUAGCGCCACUCUCAGAUAAUGACAACACAUUCUCACACUUACCUGACACUGAUGAUGAAUGUGCUGAAGGGGAUGUAACAUGUCACACUGAGGCCAAACGUUGGGAGUGUUCUCAGUGUGGGAAAAGCUUUGACUCCAAAUAUACUUUGAAAGUACACAUGAGAACACACACUGGAGAGAAACCCUAUUCUUGCUCUGUCUGCAGCUUAAGUUUCAGUGUUCGUUCGUCAUUGGUCAAUCACAUGAGAACACACACUGGGGAGAAGCGUUACACCUGCUCAGUCUGUGGUAAACGAUUUGCUCAGAAGGGACAACUGACAACACAUACAAGAAUACACACUGGCGAGAAACCUUAUGUUUGCUCAGUCUGCAACGUAACUUUCAGUCUCCGUUCAUCGUUGGUUAAACACAUGAGAAUACACACGGGAGAGAAACCUUAUGCCUGCUCAGUCUGCAAUUUAAGUUUCAGUAUUCGAUCGGGAUUAGUUCGCCACUCAAGAACACAUACAGGGGAGAAACCUUUUGCCUGUUCGCUGUGUGGUAAGAGAUUCACUAUCAAGGGAAGCUUAAUAACACACACAAGAACACACACCGGAGAGAAGCCGUUUGCCUGUUCGAUCUGCAAUGUAAGUUUCAUUGACCAUUCAGGGUUGCUUCAACACAAGAGAACACAUACGGGUGAGAAACCUUUUGCCUGCUCAAUUUGUGGUAAAACAUUCUCUUUAAAGGGAAAUUUAACAACACACACAAGAACACACACGGGUGAGAAACCUUUUGCCUGUUCAGUCUGCGACUUAAGUUUCACUGACCGCUCAGGAUUGCUUAAACACAUGCGAACACACACUGGGGAAAAGGAGUUUUCCUGCACAGUGUGUGGUCAAAGAUUCUCUCAAAGAGGCACCAUGACAAGACAUUCCAAAAGACACACUGGUGAGAAACCAUUCAGUUGUAGUGUGUGUGAUAAAAAAUUCUAUGAUAAGUAUGAGAUUAAGAAACACAAGUGUGGUUUGGCAAAUAAAAGAGAAGCCAAUGAUGCUGCAGGACUUUAAUGAGGUAACUUUUUAACAAGUUUUGUACGUUUUUGUGUUUGCAGUAAUAUGGAAAAUAAAUACGCAUAAAAUAUACAAUAUGAUCAAAUGUAACAUGUCAGACUGUCACUAAGUCAUUACAAAGCCUCAAAUUAUUUACAUUUUACUCAAGUCGGAAUAAUUCUUACUGUUGCUCCUUGAGGUCUAUUGCACAUUUUGCAAUGCAUUAUGCAGAUCCUUUUGUUGUCACUUUUACAAUUUUAUUUAAACCGUACUUGCUUUAUAUAUAUAUUUUUUAACCAUUUGUCUCCUCUAGACAAUUAAUGUACAUAACAUAAAUAAUGUACAUAAUGUCUGCUUUCUUUAAUAUGUUUGAUUGCUUCCACUACUGGAUACCACAAAUAACUCCUACAGCAAUAAAGUAUUUCCAAUUUUUGGUGAUUUACAGUGUUCCCUCCUCCUUUGGAAGAUAAGGCUUCCUUCUUGCCAUCCUAAUUCAUAUCCCAGACAUCAAGACGAAGGGAGAUUGAUGUCAAAGCCAGUAGCCAACAUGUCAGCCUCUUGGCAGUCUUCCUGAACAGUUUUCUUGUCUUUUCGCCGGUUUUGGAAAGAUGUCCAGUUUUUAAUAAAGUCAUAAUUAGUCUCAUUA